CCCUCCCCCCCUUCUAUUCAGGUCUCGCGUGGGAGGCGAUUCCUGCACCAUUGAAUGUCCGCGCUUUUCUGGAGCCAGUCCCUCCCAACGAGGAAGCGACAGUUUUUUAGGGCAGGAGGAUUCUGGAGCUGCUAGGCACACCAGAACUUCCAUGGCUCCUUCCCUCUUGUAACCCAGCACAUCUUCAGAGUUGUCUGCAUUUAUCCAAGACAGCAGAAAAUGAACAAGUCCCAGGUUGAACAGAAAUUCCAGGGAUCAGUGUCGUUUAAGGAUGUGACUGUGGGCUUUACCCAGGAAGAGUGGCAGCACCUGGAUUCAGCUCAGAGGUCCCUGUAUAGAGACGUGAUGCUGGAGAACUACAGUAACCUUGUCUCACUGGGGUGUUGUGUUACGAAACCAGAAGUGAUCUUCAGGCUAGAGCGAGGAGAGGAGCCGUGGAUACUGGAGGAAGAAUUCCCAAGCCAGAGCUUCCCAGAAAUCUGGAAAACGGAUCACAAGAAAGAAAGAAGCCACAAAAACCAGCCUAGACAUGUGUGGGAAGUUGCAUUCAUCAAUAAUAAAACACUAACUAAAGAACAAGGUAAUGUAGUAGAAAAACCACUUAACUUGGACACAAAGUCUUUUCCUUCCAGAAGAACCCUCUGUCAGUGGGACUCAUGUGGAGUGAAUUUCAGCUGUAUUUCAGAAUUUUUUAUCGAUAAGAAAAACUAUUUAGGAAAAAAGACUGAUGAAUUUAAUGCCUAUGGAAAAUUGCUACUCAGUAUUAAACAUGAGAAAACUCAUACUAGAGAGAAAAGUGAAUUUUUUAAAAAUGGGAAAACGUUGAGUCAUGAUGAGGACCCUAUUCGUCCUGAGAAGAUUCAAACGUUAGAGCAAAAUUUUGAUUAUAACAUUUAUCAAGAAACCUUCCUUGAAAAGGCAAUAUUUAGUACCUACAAGAGAGAGAUUGCAGAAGGGAAUGACUGUGAAUGUAAUGAAUAUGGGAGAACCUUCUUUGAUAACUCCUUCUUAUUCCAUCGGAUAAAUUCCUCAGAGGAAAAUCACUGUGGAUUUAGUGGUUGUGGAAAAUCAUUAUGUGUAAAGUCUACCCUUUUGAAACAUCAUGGGGUACAUAUGAAACACUAUGAAUGUAAUCAAAGUGGGAAUAAUUUCAGGAGGAAUUUAUGCCUUUCACAACUUCAGAAAAGUCAUAAAGGAGAAAAACACUUUGAAUGUAAUGAAUGUGGGAAAGCGUUUUGGGAGAAAUCCCACCUCACUCGACAUCAGAGGAUACACACAGGAGAGAAACGCUUUCAGUGUAUUGAAUGUGGAAAAACUUUUUGGGAGAAGUCAAACCUCACUAAACAUCAGAGGUCACACACAGGAGAGAAACCCUAUGUGUGCAGUGAAUGUGGGAAAGCCUUCAGCCACAAGUCAGCCCUCACGUUACACCAGAGAACACAUACAGGUGAGAAACCCUAUCAGUGUAAUGCAUGUGGGAAAACUUUUUAUCAGAAGUCAGACCUCACUAAACACCAGAGAACACACACAGGGCUGAAACCCUAUGAAUGCUAUGAAUGCGGGAAAUCCUUCUGUAUGAAUUCACACCUUACAGUGCAUCAGAGAACUCAUACAGGUGAAAAACCCUUUGAAUGUCCUGACUGUGGGAAAUCUUUCUGUCAGAAGUCACAUCUUACACAACAUCAGAGAACUCACAUAGGGGAUAAACCCUACGAAUGUAAUGCAUGUGGGAAAACAUUCUACCACAAGUCAGUUCUCACCCGGCAUCAGAUAAUUCAUACAGGGUUGAAACCUUAUGAAUGUUUUGAAUGUGGGAAAACCUUCUGCUUGAAGUCUGACCUCACAGUACAUCAGAGAACUCACACAGGGGAGAAGCCUUUUGCAUGUCCUGAAUGUGGGAAAUUCUUCAGCCAUAAGUCUACCCUCUCUCAACAUUAUAGGACACAUACAGGGGAGAAACCCUUUGAAUGUCAUGAAUGUGGGAAAAUUUUCUAUAAUAAAUCAUACCUAACUAAACAUAAUAGAACACACACAGGGGAGAAACCCUAUGAAUGUAACGAAUGUGGGAAAACCUUCUGUCAGAAGUCUCAGCUCACGCAGCACCAGAGAAUUCACAUAGGUGAGAAACCUUAUGAGUGUAAUGAAUGUGGAAAGGCUUUCUGUCAUAAGUCCGCCUUGAUUGUCCACCAGAGAACUCAUACAGAAGAAAAGCCCUAUAAAUGUAAUGAAUGUGGGAAAUCUUUCUGUGUGAAGUCAGGACUUAUUUUACAUCACAGAAAACACACAGGGGAGAAACCCUAUGAAUGUAACGAAUGUGGGAAAACCUUCAGCCACAAAUCAUCCCUCACAGUACAUCACAGGGCUCACACAGGAGAGAAAUCUUGUCAGUGUAAUGAAUGUGGGAAAAUUUUUUAUCGCAAGUCAGACCUUGCUAAACAUCAGAGAUCACACACAGGGGAGAAGCCCUAUGAAUGUAACACAUGUGGAAAAACCUUCUCUCAGAAGUCAAACCUCAUUGUACAUCAGAGAACACACACAGGAGAAAAUCUUAGAAUUGAAGUGGAUGUUAGGAGUGUCGAGCUGCACUUCAGCAGCUAUUAUACAAGAAUUCACACUGGCAGAAGCUCUGUUGACAUCCUGAAUGUUCGGGAACCUUCUUCCACACAAACUGGCCUUAUUUUACUCCAAAGUAGACUGCAACAAACGCAGGACAGUCUUGUUAAGUAACAUUCCAUUGAAUGCCACCAAGCAAAUACUGGUAUAAAACAUUACAGAUUUUUUUAUUUUGUAAAAGUAUGUUUGUUUGUUUGCUUUUUUAGCAAAAAUACAAACUAGGUUAUGUCAGAAUUUAUAUUAAAGAGAAACCUUUCAAUUUGA